AUGCAGCGGGAAGUGAUUAAAUGGCUCCAGUCGCUUGACCUGACGUACCAAGUCCGUCACCCGCAGCAGGACCUCUCUAACGGCUUCACGCUGGCGGAAAUUGCCAGUCGCUACGACCGGCGCGUCGCUAUGCACAGCUACGUGCCUGGCUGCUCCACCGAGUGCAAGCGGCGCAAUUGGAAGAUGCUUUUGCGUGAUCUGAAACGAAUCGAGUGUGAGACUGUGACUGCUGAAAUGGCGGAGGCGACAGUGCAAGGGAAGCCGGGUGUAGCGUCAGCGGUGUUAGAUAUUCUGUAUGAAUUUUUCUAUGGCCGCGCAGUACCGCCACGGACUAAAAACAACAACGAGACCACGACAGCACUCGUCGAUGUGAUGGACGCGGCGUGGGCUGAGAAGGAAGGCUCGGACGCCGUGGUGCCACAAGGGAAUGAGCCACUACCACUGCGAACGAUGGAAAAUGAUGAAAUUGCUCUUGGCAAAGGGCUACGGAAGCCUGGUUUCGCACGGCCAACGGCAGCGGCACUGCUGCAUGUGGCCAAUCGUGAAACACGAAAUGCUCAGCUGACAGCCGCUGUUCCACCGGACGAGUUGCGGACGCUGAGACGUAACGAGAAGCUGCUCAAUGAGCACGAAAUGCUCCAGAAGGCAUACCGAUAUGCCGAACCACAACGCUUCGCAGCUUUGAGUCACCAGCGUCGUGUACUUGCUGAGAAACCCAAAGGGAAAGAAGCAGCAAACAGAAAAGGGACCUGUAGGGAUCAUCAUGUGGCGAUCGACAAAGUGUUCCAGGUGGAUGUGAAUGUAAUGAACAAGCAGCUCCUCAGCGCCUUGCGCUCGCGGGACGGUGUUGGCAUUGACGGCGGAGGAGACCACGAUGAUAAGACACCAGAGUCAUGCGCAAGGGAGGUGCUGGAGACGUGCGGCAACAAUCUGCGUAUUGGGUUGUCGAAGCUGCUUGGCAUGACGUUACAGACCAACGGCUUCUCUGAUGUCCUGGAGCUAUUAGGCGGUGAGGAUGCUCUCGGGGAUGUGAUGUGCACAUUUGUUGGUCAACGGGAACAAUUGCCCUUUGCGGCUGUUGUGGCUUGUUGGACUACUUUGUUACGUGCCAGUGAUGGUAUUGCAUCGGCUCUUGUUACCCGCCCCACGGAAUAUAUGUACCUCCUACGGGCGCUGAACUUCAUCUUCGGCGCGGAGGUGGUGCACAUUCGACUGCUGCACGUCUCUAGCUCACCGGAGGACUAUAGUGCACCCGAGGAGAAGUCAGAUCUGGCGGCGACGGUGACAUCAGCGACGACAUCAGGAGUUUUGCGUGAUGGUAACCGGACUCAAAGGGCUAUGACUGGGGGUGAUGCACUUUUGUCAGCCUCGGAGGACUCUGAUAAGCCUCAGCAGGCAGUCUUCUCUAAUGUGCGGGUCUUCAACUUGGCGUCGGCUUUUUGCCUGUUGUAUAGUGUUGGUAAGGCUGUCCACGCCAAGUCAAAGGAAGUGGCGUUCACAUUGCUAAUAGAGCAAUUUAUUCCUGCUGUCACUCGAUUGUUCCCAUUGUCAAGUACGACGAUUCUGGAGGCGGUGGCUCGGGUAGUGGUGGCGCAUGUUUGCGGUGACGGUUCCCUUGCAGAGGGCGCAGAGCCAACAUCAACCCAAGGUGAGGAAAACGGACCGCGUCAGCAACCGGUGGGACAGGAGUGGAAUUCUACCCAUAAGUUAACAACACUCCUAGCAGGGCCACUCAAGAGGGCCUUUUCUCAGUGCGGGCCAGCAGCCUCGAUCAGUCCUGUUCUGCAGCGCUCUCAAUACAACCUUUUUCUGUACCACGUGCUCUGCCACACGCGAGCAGUUUUGGGUAACAACUAUGAAACUUGCAACAAGGAAAAGGAUGCUGUGUCUGUGAGGGUGCCUUUGACAGAAGGCUCGUUAUCGUCACCUGUGGAGCUGUGCGCCAGCGGCGUUUAUUUGUGUCUUGGAUCGCCUUCCCUACAGGAACGUUGCAUUGGAUUGGCAAUGUUGCUGCAAAUUCUCGCGUGGGAUCGGUGGGACUUGGCGAUUGAUCCUCUUGUUCUUGUUGUGAACGACGUGAAGGAACGAGGCGCGUCUAGUGGUUUUUUGCAUCGUGCCGCUGAAGCGUGGGAGUGCCGUGUUCUUUUGUUGGAGUUACUGACUAUUGCGUUGCGCAAAGCGUUGUAUUUAAUUGCAGAUUGCUCUGAAGAGAUCGAGAAUAACACGACGUCUUCCACCUCGACACCGGCGUCGGCUGUGGCAUCUGUCGUCAAGGAGAAACUCGAUUUUAGCCAUCUUGAGGAGGUGACGGUGACGUGUCUGCUCAUGUUCUCUGAAGCGCCGUUGCUGCAGCGUCAACUUGCCCUCCAAAUUGUUGGCAGGCGGCUUCUCCCUGAUGAGCAGCGCAAUGUUGCUGCUGUGUGGUUGCGCGGUCUUUUCUUGUUUCCAGUGGAGCAGAUUGAUUUUCUGCUGCGCCCGCAUGAGGCUACGCCGCUACGUAUGCCCGACCCCAUGGUGGGUACACAGCCUCACGCGCAUAGCAGGCCACAGAGCCGUCACACGGCCACAGAUAUGUAUAAAGAAGAGCAUUUGGUCUCUGAUGUACAGCCGGCUGAAGGUACGGGGCGAAUAUCUGGACCUGAAGGGACCUCAGAUAAGAAUGUCUCCUCUCUGCGUGUUCUGCUGGGUCGCGUGGAGCCGGCUUACAUCGUUGCCCCACUUAAUCAGUCGUGGGACACAUUCAGUGUUGUGCAGGCCACACUCAUGUUUGAGGAGAUGUUGACAACAUCCCAGGUCUUUUCGGUCAUUUUGGCCGCAUUGCUGAGUCCUCAGCGGCGCGAAAUGCUACGCCAAAGGCUGCUACAGAACCUUCGUGCCAUUGGCGUAGCCAAUGGUGGUGAAGUAACAGCGCCAACGGAGAAGUGCAGCAACGAGACGCCCCCUUCAGUUGGAAAUAAGACGGAUGAAGACAACGAGGCGGCAUUUAGCGUCACGCUCAGAAGUCUCGUGGCGACGUACGGCCGCGCGGAUGUCACAAGUGCCAAUGCAGGGGAAAAUUCUGGUGGCAAGGGAGUGGAGAAUUCGGAUACCACAGCUGCUGCUGCUGCCGAUGCUUCGGCGAGUGAAAAAGCAGCUGGGGCACACGAUAGAAGUGACGAGCAAGUGGUCGAUGGACAAAACGAGGAGGAGAAACAGAUGGAGAUGCACGUGAAGGCAUUCUGGAUAUCUGUGCUGCGUGUAUUGAAGCAGCAGCUGCAAAAAUGCCUCUCUGACGACACUCCGCUACAGGAACAGAAGGUGGCGGAUGGCACUGAAAGGUCAGCCGAUGCAUCAUUGACGGCAACCACGACAUCAGAAGAAACACGUAGACGAGACGUGUGCCGCAUCUCACCGACGGAGAACCCCCGGCGGUUGCGGGAGUUGGCUGCGGCCGUGCUGCUCACUUUGCAUCGAAGGUACUGCAAUAAUUCUUCAUUGGUCUCGGAAGGGGAGCCGCCCUUGCAUGCGGCAUGGCGUUGGUUAGCGGUUAUGUAG